UUAGAAUAUUAAGAUCAUGUUGGUUUUCCCGAAAGUCUUAAAUAUAAAUGUGCCGUGCUUAUUUCCGGCUUCCGGAGGAAAUUCUUGGAUUCUCAAUUCUCAGUUCUCAGCUUAGGCAAUAUGGCUGGGACUUCAGCCACUCGACUGCCGUCAGUAAAUGAUGAAUGUGACUGGGAAUUUGACCUCAGACUGAUAUUCAGAAAUCAGGCCAGACAGUGUUCGAUAUAUAAGGGAGCUCAUGGUCAUCUCAAGGUUGAAGAGUUAAUAGUCAUUUGCCGAAACCUCAUUGGGGAAAACUAUCUUGGUGAUUUGGAAGAAGCAGACACAGCACUAUUUCUCUUCUACCCAGAUGGUUCCGUGAAGAAGAUGGAAAGACAUAAGUUACUGAGAGAUUGCCUACAGUCCAUUGGAGGUGCUGAUUACAUUUCGAUGGAACACAGAGA